AUGGUACCACUAACUACGAACCCUGACGGUAAUUGCCUUUACAAUGCUGUUAAAGUAUUGAUGCCAAAUUUUGAGGCAAGCCCUGUUGAACUUCGAGUUCGAGCAAAUGUUGAAUUGGCAGUAAAAUUGAAAGAUUACCAGCAAACAUACCCACAUUGUACUGAUUUCAUUGAUCCAUUUCGUCAAUAUCAAAGAACAGAAAUAAUCUACGAUAAGAACUAUUCUACAUUAUGGGAGAUUUUAGCACUAUGCAAUAUUCUUCAAUGCUCGAUCCGAUCUGUUUAUCCAAAGAUUAGAGAAGAUGCUGAUGAUGCUGGAAUGUCAGAUCUUCUUAAUAAAACAUUUCAUCCUUUUUCAACAACUAAUUCAACAAAGUCAACAUCAACAAUCACUGUAAUGUGGACACAUACAGCUGAAGAGGAUACUGUACGUGCAGUUAAUUAUGGUAUGUGGGUACCAAAUCAUUUUGUUCCACUAGUUUAUCAUUAUGACACAAAAUCAUCGUUUACAAUUGAACGGCAUCCACCACCGAUACCUGCAAAACGCACUCGUUUUCAAAGUGAUAUUUUUUCUGGUGUCGUAAAAGAAGAUACUCAUGAACGAACAUUAAGAAUUAACAUUGAAGAUUUUAUUAAGAAAGAUGAGACUUUAAAAGACAAUACAAUGAUUGAAGACCUUGUUAGAAAAUCAUUAGAUAGUUUAAAAAAAGCUUCCCAAGUAUGUGACAAAGAAAUUUUACAGAACGAAGUUAAAAAGAAACUUCAUAAUUUAAUAUCACAUAAAAUUGCUUAUGCCAGAAAACAUCAUCAAACAAAAUCUACCAGCUGGCCACAAUAUUAUAUUGAAGUGAAGAUUCCAGUAGAACCAUUUGGCCAUUCUGUUAUGGUAAAUGAAGACGAAGCUGACACACUCAACUUUACUCCACACGCUACAUCAUCCUCAACAAUAACAAAAAAAGUAUCACCUCCAAUCCAAUUUUCAGGAGUACAGUUUCAUGGAAGACAUGAUAAAAAAUAUAUAGAAGUAAACUUUUGUGAUCUCAAUUUAUUAUCUCAAUCUCAACAACAAAAACAACAAUCCAACUUCUACGAUGAUAACCCUAAUUAUGAAGAUAAAAAUAUUGAAAUUAUUGGAAUAAACGAUGAUGGAUUUCGUGUUCAAAUUCCAACCUCAGUAAUUGCAGAUUGUGUUACAAAUUUUAGUGAAUUUUCAUCAGAAAAACUUGAUAUUCUGUCUGAUCAUAUCAAGAAUUUAUUGAAAUCAAAUUCUAUUGAUCCUAUACCGUCAGCUUUUGCUCCAAACUUCAGCCGGUCUGUGAAGAAAUGGUUGCAAGUUGAUAUUAAUAGAAUUACGCAAAAAGCACAAUUCAUCACGUUCUAUGUUCCACUCGUUCGAACCCAAACACUCAUACCUUCAUUCAAUACAAAUCUACGACCCCGUAUUCCAACCGUUCAUUUCAAUGCUGCAUCUUCUCCCUCUCCUUUAUCCCCACGUGUUUCAUCCUCUGAUGACAAUUUAAAAAUUAUUUACAAUCCAGCUACUACGCUUAUUGCAUAUCAAAGUAACUUUGAUCCACUUGAUCAUGACGACGCACAACAAAAAAGCACUGCAAAUGUAAAUGUCAGCAACAAACAGAAAACAGCUACAAAAACAGCAGGAGCUUCAACAUCAACUCUGAGAAAAUAUGUUAGUGAUUCCACCGAUUUUUCAGACUCAGAAAAUGAAAGUAAAUAUGAUGAAGACUAUUUAAGCAAUAAGGAAAGUUUGAUGAAACAACUAUCAAAUACAUUCGCAAAAAUGACAUUAAGUUGGAAAAUGCAAUUUUCAAUUACUAAUAGGGCUUAUGUUUCAUUAAUCGAACUUGCACGGAAGCUGGACCGAAGUUUGCUACAAUUUAAAGUUGUCAACAAGUUAAAACAAACAAUUCAAGCACAAAUUCCAUUACAAGAAUGCAAAUAUGGCUGGUAUCUACAUGUGUUUCAUGCUAUUCAGUUGUUAAUAAUUUCGAAUCCUGGUGUAAUCGAUACGAUCGAUUCCGAAAAUCCAACAUUAUGGUUUCGUGUUGCACAGGAUGGAACAUGGCUUGGAAAGUAUUGCAACUGUUUAAUCGUCACUCUAAGUUGGCUUGAUAUUGGUACUACUAGUCAACAGCCUCAUCAUAUGGUUAUACUUGGUAUUUUUCGGAUACCAAAAGAAACUCGAGAAGCAAGAAAUCUAACUCAGCAUUACUACAGUUUAGCAAAACAAGAGAAAGGGUAUAUGGAAAGACCACUCUAUGGAAGUUAUUUCGAAUAUAUCGAUCUGGUACCAGACAUACUUCAUAUGAAGCUAAGAAUUAUGGAUAUUUUAUUGAAACAUAUACUAUACGAAGCUUGCACUGUUCCACCUCCUGGUAAUAUAAGGAAACAACAACAACAACGCGAAAUUACGUUAAAACUUCUCAAACAACAUUCAAAGGAAACUAAAACUUACAUUAAAUUUGGACUAGAAAAACAAAAAAUCGUUAUAAUUGGUCCCAUAUCCGGUGAUAAGCAUGAUAUCUUUAUGCCAAAAUUACAGUUACAAAAAUUCAUAUGGAAUCAGCAAAGAGCACAAAUCAUAAUGAGUCUGAUACAAAAUUUUUAUCGUAUUUUGGAUUUGUUAAAAAAGGAAAAUGAUCCAAAUAAUCCAUUAGAAGUUAAACGUUUAUGUAAAGAAUGGGCGCAAACUUAUCGGAAUUUAUUCGGAAAAGACCAAGUAACUCCGUACGUGCAUUGUUGCGGUUGUCACAUCGCGGAAUUCCAUCGCGCAUAUGGAGAGCUUAAAAAACUUAGCCUUCAAGGUGUAGAGAAGAUAAACGAUAUGGUUACGAUUGAUUUUUUUCAUUCAACGAAUAAACAAGGAGUAUUGUUUAUAAAACAAAUUUUACAGAAAAAAAUACUUCAAACGCUUCUUACAUUAACAUUUGGAGUAAUGACACAUAUUUUUGAUACGUGGGCAAGUACCUAUUUUGAACCACGAGAUCCUGAUAAAGAUGAAGUUAUUGAAGAUUCCGGUGAUGAAGACGAAUCAUGGUAAAUAGAUAAUAGUUCAUCUUCUUUUAAACUUACUCUAUUCAAAAUUCAAACAGAACUGAUUACAGCUUGUCGCAUAUUAAUUACUUUUGUUUCAUUUUGUUUUUAGAUAUAUUACUGAAAUUUUCGUAUUUUUUAUUAAAGCAUUUUUAACAAAUUAGUUACUGGUUACAUUACAAAUUACAUGAGUACUGGUUUUUGAUUAAUCUACGAGAAAUAUGGCAAAAAUGUUGGAAGACCUGACCCAUCCAACCCGUCAACAACUUAUUCAUAAUAAAUCUGAAGGACAUAAAUCUAUUUUUGAGCUUAUUUUGCAAUCUGUCACUUUAUUGUCUGUUCAGGAAUACAGACAGAACAUUAGUAUCUGUAAUAACAGAGACAGAAAAUAACAUCAGUUCCAUAAACAUUGCUUAAACUUAAAACUCACUCAGUACUUGAUAGAAAAAUACAUUCGCUCGUAGACAUCAUUUUUGGAACUACACUCCGAAAACAAUAGCUAACAGCUGAUACAGCGUCAUCAAAAAAGAAAGCUCAUUAAGAAUUCCCAAGGAAGAAAUAUUCUUCCUUCAUUACUCUCACUAUUUUUACUAAACUCUUUCUGGAAGAAGUGAAAUUUGUAGUCAGGCACAUUACUCGAAAAGGCGAAAAUACGGAUAUGGAUGAAAUGUGAUUUUGAACAAUACACUUACCCUCAGUCUUGAUCUGCUUCUAUUAAAUGUGACGCUUUCGAAAGAGGAUUUUUUAUGUACAUAUCGUGCAGUUAUAGAGUAUAUUUGUACUUCACAACGAUUUUCAGAAGAACAAUAGUAUGUUUAUCUUUCUCUUUUCUUUGUUCUUUUUUUUUCUCUCUCUCUCUCUCUCUGACUUUCUGGUCUCGAAACAGACCUUGAUUAGUAGAGUGGUUGCUUUUAAUUAGAACAGAAAUACUCGACGAGCGUAGUAUUCUCUUCAUCUUGAUCUUAUUCUUGAACUUUUUCCAAAAAAGUUUUCACCAUUGUAUAGCUGAUAGUCUCAGGAAUCGAACAAAAAAAAAAUUUCAGUUUAUCAUUUAAAAUGAGGGAGUUCUUGCCCGUAUAAUACACUGCACUUCAUUUCUGUUCUUAUUAAAUACCGUAUUUAUUUAGAACAGACCGACCACUGAAUAUAUGCUUUUAAUUAGAACACGUCUAUUCAAAUACACGUGCUUUUUUUACGAAUGGAGAAAAAAAGUUUUUUUUGCUACCCGACCUACGGAAUUUUAGGAUACUUCUAAUAUAAAACUUGUUCAGAAUUCGAUGAGGAAUCGAAGCAUGUGCGUUUUUUUGAACACGGAUGUACCAUUCUUGAACUAUGAGAGCUCAAACUUUCAUCCUUUUUGCUCGAAUUAAAUACUGUAUUUAAUAAGAACAUUUCGUCUGUUCUGUGCUUUUAUUUAGAACACUCCCA